AGAAGAAGCCGCAGUCGCAGUGUGAUGACGUACCUGAAGGAAAAUGGAGAGAACACACAUGUCUGCCUUUGCCUUGUAUCAAACGAUGUCAGUUGAUGUGUCUCCUCCUGCUAAGAAGUCUUCACCAUCGGUGGCUGUCAAGAAGAAAAAGAAAAAGGAAAAUGGAGUCACGAUUAAGAAGGUCAGUGCAGUUAAAGCCCAGGUGCAAACCGAGAAGAGGAAAAAGCAGAAGAAGCUCCUGAAGUCUGUAAAAAGAGAGGAGAGCCUGAAGCACAGCACAGAGGAGGUUGAGGAGGAGUGUGUAAAUGGAGAGGAUGAGAGUCUGGAGGCUUUGCUGACCAGCCUGACGAGAGUCAACAACAGCCGGGAGAGAGCGAGCCAACUCUUCCAGUGGCUCAUUAACCCCAUUCCUGCCAAAGCCUUUUUCAGGGAAACGUGGGAAAAGAAGCCCAUUCUUGUUCAACGGCAGAAUCCAAACUACUACAAAGGCUUGUUCUCCACUGCAGAGUUUGAUCGCAUUUUAAGAGAGGAGGAUGUUCAGUAUGGAGUGAACCUGGACAUCACGAGCUACAUCGAUGGCAAGAGGGAGACACACAAUCCUCCAGGGCGAGCUCUGCCAUUCACUGUGUGGGACUUCUAUGAGAGUGGCUGCUCUAUUCGAAUGCUGAACCCACAGGCUUUCUCUUCCACCGUGUGGAAUGUUCUGUCCAUCCUUCAGGAGCAGUUUGGCAGCAUGGCAGGAGCGAACGUAUACCUGACGCCGCCGGGAACGCAAGGAUUUGCUCCACAUUAUGACGACAUUGAGGCGUUUGUGGUUCAGCUGGAAGGGAAGAAACACUGGAGAGUGUACAACCCCAGAACAGACGACGAGGUGUUGCCUGUAGUUUCAAGUCCAAACUUUGACGAGGCUGACAUCGGGGACCCGAUCAUGGAAGUGGUGUUAGAAGCUGGAGAUCUUCUCUACUUUCCCAGAGGAUUCAUCCACCAGGGCGACUGUCUGCCAGACGCUCACUCUCUGCACAUCACCAUCUCCUCUUUCCAGAAGAACAGCUGGGGAGAUCUGCUGCAGAGGGUGGUUCCAGUUGCACUGGAGGUAGCAAUGGAGGAGGAUGUGGAGUUCAGACAAGGUUUACCUCUGGAUUACCUGACAUACAUGGGAGUACAGAAUUCUGACAAGGAUGACCCACGCAGGGUGAAAUUCUUUUCCCGAAUUGGGAACUUGAUGAAGAAGCUCAGCAAUUAUGCUCCGGUUGAUGCAGCUGUGGAUCAGAAAGCCAAAGACUUCCUCCAUGACUGCCUGCCCCCUGCACUGACGCCAGAGGAACUGGCCAGCAGUGUCCAAGGGGCACCUAUCAAGUGGGAAUGUGGGCAGGUUAUGGAUGCGGGUGCACAAAUCAAUAGCCAGACCCGAGUCAGACUCCUACGUGCUGGAUGUGCCAGGUUAUGCAGUGAUGGAGAGGCUGUUCACCUUCACUACACCACAGGCAACUCCAGAGUUUACCACAAAGAGGAGCCCAAGAGUUUUGAAAUAAAAUCAGAGCACACAGAUGCCAUCGAGUUUCUGAUCCAUUCUUAUCCCAAUUUUGUGACAGUAGAAAGCUUCCCAUGUGAGGCUAAAGAGGAAAAGGUUGAAUUGGCUGAGCUGCUAUUUGAGAGAGGGAUUAUUCACACGGAAGAACCUCUGUAAUGGCCCCAGAUUCUUCAGUCUUGCUGACUGCAUGAGCAGAUACAAACUGCUUUUGUACGAUACAUUCAAUUAAGUACUUCCUGUGUCAAAUAUUUUCUUCACCUGUAGUAGAGGGGGAGUCAUGCUAAAUAAGCCAUUCAUGAAUUUGUCUUGUGUUCUGUGUCAGCUAAACCUUUUCUUAAAAUUGAAAACAAAACAGAUGUGUGUAAUUAAAUGGAUGUACCAAAUGA